AUGAAGGGAUCGUUUGGAAGAAAGUUUCCAAAGAGGUUCGCCGCAUCACGAUCCCUUCCUGCGAUUACAGAGCACGAUGUGAGAGCGAGAUCUGCUGCGAAUUGCCGCUACAUCGAAGUUUCCGUAUCAUCGUCUGUCGAGAACUUCAAACAAAAGAUGGAUUUCCGAGUGCCGCACUUUGUGUUACACGACUUCAGCGACGGCGAAGAGUCAAAAGUGAUCCGUAUGAUUCUCAGCUACGCGCGCAUCCCCUACGAAUUCAAGGACAUCGACAAGGAUGAUUACAUUCUCGAAGAUUACCCAUUUUAUUCUCUUCCGAUGCUGGAGGUUAAUGAGCGGAAACUUGGGAACGUUCCUUCAAUUUGCAGGCAACUGGGAUGGAGAUAUGAAUUGAGUGGCCAGACCGCGGGCGAAGACUCGGAAGUGGACAUGAUCGCCGAAAAGACAUUUGAAGCCCGAAUGAGGAUCAAAAACUGGCUCGAUCACCUGGAACAUCGCGAAAAUCACGAAUGUGACGAAACAUGCGAUUCAGACGGUGCGAUUGCAUUCUUGGAGUCGUAUCUCCUUCCCACAAUUGAGCAGAUCCUGCGGCGGAACGGUUCUUCCUGGCUUAUUUCUCAUAAGAUGACGUGGUGCGAUCUGCUUGUGUGCUGUUUGUUCAACCCAAUCAUCUACCACUGUCCCCAACUUUUCGACCGGUACCCUAACGUUUUCCUACACAACAAACGAAUCGCUCAGAUGGAGGAAUUCACGGGUUUUCUCUACAAUGUUCGCGAGCAACGAUUUUCUCCACCCGCUUAA